AGCCUCCCCGUUCCCAGGCCACCGCGGGCUGGGAAGAGGGUCGGGCCCAGCGACAGUCGCCGGUCCGCGAGGGGCGGGGAGGGCGCGGGACUGCCCGCUCCAGCGAGGCGGCCGUUACGCAAGUCGGGGCGUUUGCGAAAACCGCUUGCGCGGAUCGUGGGCACGGACCCACUCCAGGACGGUGGGAAGUGGGUGAGCGGGCGAGAGGACGGACGAAAGAGCGCCCGUCCGCGGGAGCCCCUCCCUGGUGCCACUGUCCGAAUCCGAUCCACGCGCUCCUCAGCCCGCUGGCAGUUUGCAACCGCUCCCUAAGUCCGGCCCCUCCCCUGCUCUGGCCUUCGGCGGCCUUGGGGCGAGCGAGUGCCUUGCAGGGAGGAAAGCUAAGGCGCAGGCGCAGCCGGGGGGCGUGGCCAGGCUGCUUCCGUGCGCGCGCGCAGGGCACACACGCGGAUCUGCUCAGCCUGGCCCUUCUCGACCGGUCCUGGCUCUGCCGACUCCAGCCAUGGGCCCUGCCGCAGGCUCGCGGGGUCGCGGCCAUCAGGGGCUCCCAGCGCGCCAUCGGGGUCCAGAACUACCUGGAGGUGAGCUCCGCCGUCCACCCCCUCAGAAUGGAAAGAGGGAGACCCGGGGAAUGGGCAGAUGGGAGCCCCGGGGUCUCUGGGCUCCGGCCUUCGCCCUGCGCUGCCCACCCCGCCCCAGGCGGCUCUGUCCUCGCAGGAGGCUGCAGAGAGGCUGAAAUCGGUGGUGCCGGUCAAGUUCACCAUCUCCAGCCGCACGGAUGCUGGAGUCCACGCGCUGAGCAACGCCGCUCACCUAGACGUCCAGCGCCGCUCAGGCCAGCCCCCCUUCUCCCCCGAGGUCCUGGCUGAAGCUCUCAAUGCCCACCUGAGGCACCCGGCCAUCCGGGUACUGCAGGCCUUCCGAGUACCCAUGGACUUCCAUGCCCGCCAUGCUGCCACAUCCAGGACCUACCUGUACCGCCUGGCCACCGGCUGCCACCGGCCCGAUCAGCUGUCUGUGUUUGAACGAAACCGAUGCUGGGCACUACGGGCAGGCUGCUUGGAUGUAGAUGCCAUGCAGGAGGCUGCCCAGCACCUUCUAGGGACACAUGACUUCAGUGCCUUCCAGUCAGCUGGCAGCCCAGCCACGAGCUCAGUGCGCACAUUGCGCCGAGCUUCUGUGUCCCCUGACCUAGGCAGCCCCUUUGUCCUCCCCCAGGAGAACAGGUUGCAGUUCUGGAACCUGGAGUUUGAGAGCCAGUCCUUUCUGUACAGACAGGUUCGGAGAAUGACAGCUGUGCUGGUGGCUGUGGGGCUGGGAGCUCUGAUGCCCGCUCAGGUGAAGGUGAUUUUGGAAAGCCGGGACCCCCUCGGCAGACACCAGACACGUGUGGCCCCGGCCCACGGCUUAUUCCUCAAGUCAGUGCAGUACGGGAGUCUCGGUAAGGGUAGACAGCCUGGAAAAGUCCCUGCAUGCACCCCAAUGACUGCCCCUCCCAAGGUGGGGUGCUUGAUGGGAGGAGGGGCUCCUGGUAGCAGCACAGCUGCAGCUCUCCUCUGUCCUAACAGGUGGGAAUCCAGCCUGUGUUCAGCAGGAAAGCCAGGGCCCUGGAGGCAAGGAAGCCCCAACCAGGUUGGACAAAAAGUCUCCAGCUGCUCCCAAAAGCAGGCAGCCUGGAGUGAGGGGUCUCCUUCCCCUGGGCCCUUAGACCCAAGCCAUACUCCUCACCCGGCCCCUGUGAUCAAGUUCCCGGUAGGGAGGGAGGCUGAGGGGGCUCGCCUUAGGGAGCGGGGAGGGCCUUGACAGGCAGAGGCUCUGCAGCCCAGAGGAAGCUGUGGCCUGGACAGGCCCAGCCCCUGAAGAAAACCUCCUGUGCCCUGCAGGAUUCACCACAUGGGAGGCACAGAUAAUCCCCAGAUGCCCAGCUGAGAUCAGGGCAGCUGUGACAUACUAGGCCCUGCCACUGGACCCUGCCCAGCUCUGCAUGCCAUGGAGCAGCAGGGACCAGCACUUGGCCAUCCGGAGCCACAGCAGGCUUCCUGCCUCCCACUGGCCCAUACCUUCCAGAAGUCCCCACCUUCCUGGGUACCCCGGUCUGCCCCAGGUGGGCUGCUCUGGGUAGACCGCAGGAAAAAGGUCUGGGCAUCAAGAAGGGAACACCCAUGUGGUCUUUGGUUCUCUUUUUACUGGACAAAAUACCUCAGGAGCAACCACCCAUCUCUUGGGGGCUCAGGAAUAGAAAUAAAGGGUGAUGAAGUC